UUCGGAACCACUCGGACCUGUGCGGUGUCGCGUUCGCGCUCCCAGCUGGUCCGUGACGUCAUAAUUGCGACAACUGUCACGGAUGGUGAAAGCGUGCGCUGCAAUCGUCACCGUCAUGAUGCAUUUGGAUGUCUUUUGUAUGUGAAGGGAGAGACAGAAGACUUCGGCAGGAAUUAGGGUGUACACCUGCACCAAAAUUCAAAAUUAUAAAAAACAUUCAAAUUGUAAAUCGUUCUGAAAAUGAUUCGUCUGCGUCCAGACAGCAGACGACGGAGAUGUCAGAGUUGUCAAGGAUACAGCUAACAAGAAUAUAACCGUGAAGUGAAUCUGACCCCAUGGAAGCAGGAUUCCGGCUAAGUUUCCCGUACGCCCUGCACGCCCCCAUGUUCCCUUUUGCGGUGGCGGGCGACGGAGGCUCUCCACCACCCCCAUCUGGGGGGUCGUCUCCCCCUGCGACUCGGGUGGACCCCUAACGGAUGGGCAUGAUACUGGAGAUGAACAUCAGCCAAUCGGAGCUGAAGACGAAGGUACACCGGCCACAAGAAACGGAGCACCAUGCUUAAAUGGAGGGCUACCUCCGAGUCAAAAUCACCCUUCAGCAGCGACGUACCUCCCCCUGAACAAUCAUCACCGCAACCACCACCAUAAUCAUCACUCUCCGGGUCGAUCGUCGUCGGUAGUGGCGUCGGAUGGGUGUCACAACAACAACGACGAGAUGGUGUCCUUUCGCUGCAUAUCGCCCGACGUGGGAAGAGGCAACAACGUGCCACAGCCGAGGAAAGCACGUCACGCAAAGACGAUGCGGCUCAGCAUCAACGCGCGGGAGCGCCGUCGUAUGCACGACUUGAACGACGCGUUGGAUGAACUGCGCUCCGUCAUUCCGUACGCGCACAGCCCCUCUGUCAGGAAGCUGUCCAAGAUAGCAACGCUUCUGCUGGCCAAGAACUACAUCCUCAUGCAGGCAAACGCGCUGGAAGAACUGCGCCGGAUCAUCGCGUACAUGAACCAGACUGGAGUGGCGAUGCCUACUCUGGCUGCUGCUGCAGCCGCUUGCUGUCCUGGCGGAGACAAGAUUGGGACGGCAACACUGGCGUUAACGGGAUCUUCGUCGCCGUCCAACAGUGGGCCCCCGCAGCAGACCAGCCCGCUGUUCCCCGUCUUCGGCACAAACGGCGACACCAAGCCCUGAGGCAUCUCCAGCGCGUCAGCCAGACGCGCGCAGUGCAGAAUCUCACAGGUCCUGCAACGGGACGUGCAGAGGACCUCCUCAACGCGAUGGCAGCGUACUUUCUCCUCAAGGGAACUGGUGCUUCCAAUAAUGCGAUAUCGGUCUCCUCAUGUAUCUUAUGCACUGCAACGAAUUCGUACAAAAAGGUGGCCACAAUUUCUGCCAGGGCCUGUGGCACUCUUCGGAAGAACCCUAUUCAACCACAGUAAAAGUGCUGCAAAAGAACAGCUUUCAAAAACGGACUAAUACAUACCAUGUUCCUGUGAUGUGUACCUCCGUGUGUGUGUGUGCUCGUCGUGUGUGAAGUUUUGUUCACUCGUUAGCGCCGAAUGAGCAAUAAUAAAGUGGGAUAUUUCCGAA